GCCGCUGGUUGGUGCAGGCUGGCUUGCGACUUUCUCCAGGCACCUUUUCUCACGUCACUUGUCACCUACCUGGAGCCACCACACCCGACACCCCGUGACCUCUCUGCACCCACUGCUUCCGCCCCUCCUCCAGCACCAGCUCCCAGCCCCUGCUGCCUGCCUGCCCCUGCUGCCUGCGUCAUCUCAUUCAGGGACAGCCUGGCCUGCCUCCUCCUGGCUUGCUUCGGGCUGUCACCCACUCCCCCUGCCGGCUGUCUGCUUCCAUGUCCUCCCCCAGAAUCUGUGAUGGGGUGGGGCUGAGGCAGGUGCUUGGAAAUAAGCUGAGAUACCGGGCUCUAGUUAGGUAUGGGUCAGGAACAUAUCCUCUCCACUUCCAAAUAUGGCUCAUUUUAAAUAUGCACAGAGAGAGGCAAGAUGUGGGGAUAAGGGAUGCUUUAUUUUAGAGGGAUGUAGCCUGCAUCCCUAGCUGAAGUUGGUGCUGACAGUAGUUCUCUGGGCCCUCAUGCUGAGCUGGGAAAACUGCCACUUUCCUCUCUUCCCUCAACCCCAGGCCUUAGGCUGGGGAGAGGCAGUGAGGAGGCAUGUGGUUGCUAUGACUACUGAGCAUCUCAACAAAGCCUGGUACCCAAAAAAGGCAAGAGGGGCUCGGGAUCAGACAAGGAGUGUGGCUAAGGAGAUAGUAAACAGAGCAUGAGAGGGCAGAGGACACUUGGUAGGAGGGGCCCCUUGGGGCAAGCCCCACUGGGUCCACGCGAGAAGGUAGUAGCAGGCAGAUCCAUGAGAGAAGGUAGUAGCAGGCAGAUCCGUCAGAGAAGGUAGUAGCAGGCAGAUCCGUUGCUGACUGAACUGAGUACUUUCGUUUUGAUUCUUCUGUCCCUGGAUUUUUCACGUGUGAGCCCAGGCCUAGCUCCAGAGACCGAAGAGGGUGGGGUUUGAUCUAAGUGUGUCUAAAAUACACAAACAGAUCUGAAAUUCUUUCCUUAAUCAUUCCUUCGGCCCUCCUGUUCUAGACUGGCCAGUGCCAGGUCUAGGAACGAUGAUGCCAUGCUUUUGUUGUUAAGGCAGGAAGAACCUUCAGUUUCCCCCUUGCCAGCCAAGGGGUUAGACCCCGCAGGCUUCCAUUCUUCCUCCUCCUAGCUCCCCAAGUCCUACCCCCAGUAGGUGGCGGGAGUGGGGGGCAGACCUUGCCACAUCUCUGAGCUAAAUAUACCCUAGCAGUUUGCACAUGUAGCAAUUCUGCUUGUAACCUGAGAUCCUGGGGGAGCGGGCUGUGUGGGCCACCCCUAGGCCGGCAGGGCCGGGCACUGAGGGCGCCGGGAUGGAAGCGCCCAGCCGGACCCUGGUAGUGGGCUCAGCAGAGUCCUACACGAGCCGACCAUCAGACUCUGAUGUGUCCCUGGAGGAGGACCGGGAAGCCUUAAGGAAGGAGGCAGAGCGCCAGGCCUUAGCCCAGCUUGAGAAAGCCAAGACCAAACCAGUGGCUUUUGCUGUUCGGACAAAUGUUGGCUACAAUCCGUCUCCAGGGGAUGAGGUGCCUGUACAGGGAGUGGCCAUCACCUUUGAACCCAAGGACUUCCUGCACAUCAAGGAGAAAUACAAUAAUGACUGGUGGAUUGGGCGGCUGGUGAAGGAAGGCUGCGAGGUUGGCUUCAUCCCCAGCCCUGUCAAACUGGACAGCCUUCGCCUGCUGCAGGAACAGACCCUGCGACAGAACCGCCUCAGCUCCAGCAAGUCAGGUGACAACUCCAGUUCCAGUCUGGGAGAUGUGGUGACUGGCACCCGCCGCCCCACACCCCCUGCCAGUGGUAACGAAAUGACUAACUUUGCCUUUGAGCUAGAUCCCCUAGAGUUAGAGGAGGAGGAGGCAGAGCUAGGGGAGCACGGCAGCUCAGCCAAGACUAGCGUGAGCAGUGUCACCACGCCGCCACCCCACGGCAAGCGCAUCCCCUUCUUUAAGAAGACAGAGCACGUGCCCCCCUAUGACGUGGUGCCUUCCAUGAGGCCCAUCAUCCUGGUGGGACCGUCUCUCAAGGGCUAUGAGGUAACAGACAUGAUGCAGAAAGCAUUGUUUGACUUCCUCAAGCAUCGGUUUGAUGGCAGGAUUUCCAUCACUCGAGUAACGGCUGAUAUUUCCCUGGCUAAGCGCUCAGUCCUCAACAACCCCAGCAAACAUAUCAUCAUCGAGCGUUCCAACACGCGCUCCAGCCUGGCUGAGGUGCAGAGUGAAAUUGAGCGGAUCUUCGAGCUGGCCCGGACCUUGCAGCUGGUCGCCCUGGACGCUGACACCAUCAACCACCCAGCCCAGCUCUCUAAAACGUCGCUGGCCCCCAUCAUUGUUUACAUCAAGAUCACAUCUCCCAAGGUACUGCAGAGGCUCAUCAAAUCCCGAGGGAAGUCUCAAUCCAAACACCUCAAUGUCCAAAUAGCAGCCUCGGAGAAGCUGGCACAGUGUCCCCCCGAAAUGUUUGACAUAAUCCUGGACGAGAACCAAUUGGAAGAUGCCUGCGAGCACCUGGCGGAGUACUUGGAAGCCUACUGGAAGGCCACACACCCGCCUAGCAGCACGCCACCCAAUCCGCUGCUGAAUCGCACCAUGGCUACCGCAGCUUUGGCUGCCAGCCCUGCCCCAGUCUCCAACCUCCAGGGACCCUACCUUGCUUCCGGGGACCAGCCGCUGGACCGGGCCACUGGGGAGCAUGCCAGUGUGCACGAGUACCCCGGGGAGCUGGGCCAGCCCCCAGGCCUUUACCCCAGCAACCACCCACCUGGCCGGGCAGGCACCCUGCGGGCGCUCUCCCGCCAAGACACCUUUGAUGCUGACACCCCCGGCAGCCGAAACUCUGCCUACACGGAGCCGGGAGACUCGUGUGUGGACAUGGAGACAGACCCCUCAGAGGGCCCAGGGCCUGGAGACCCUGCCGGGGGAGGCACACCACCAGCCCGGCAGGGCUCCUGGGAAGAUGAGGAAGACUAUGAGGAGGAGAUGACCGACAACAGGAACCGGGGCCGGAAUAAGGCCCGCUACUGUGCGGAGGGUGGUGGGCCGGUUCUGGGGCGCAAUAAGAAUGAGCUGGAGGGCUGGGGACAAGGCGUCUACAUCCGCUGAGAAGCAGGAGCAGUUAAGGGAGAGGAGAGGCUCUGAGCUCGAGGAGGGGAGGGCAGAGGGGCACACCACCCAAGAUGUGUCUUGCCUCCAGGGGACGCUGUGUCCCUCAUUUUUCAGAUGCCUUUGCUCAAAGCUUGGGGUUUCUUUGAUGGUUAUCAUCCCAACUCCUUGGGAGGUCCUUAAUCCCCGGCUGUAGGUUUUCUCCUAAACUGCUGUAGGUGGAUGGGGGAAAUACCUACUUUCUGAAGUGCCCCCUUUCCCCAUCUUUGGGGGCUCUCUCCCAGAGAAAAGGUGCACUUCCUCAACUCUUUCUACUCGGGGCUGUAAGCGAAGGUCCUAAUGGGGGUGGGGGUGGGGCUUCUCAUACCAACAAAGGGGGUACUUGGGAAAGGUGGGGUGCUUUUCCUGAGACAGCCCUCUGAAUCUACCCCAGACCCCAGGAUUUCCCCACCAUGUCCAUCCCAUAACCUAGUUUCCUAGCAGCAUUCUCUGGUGGGUGAAAAGCCACAGCUUGGAAACCCUUGUGGAGCUUGCCUUGGGGAGCAGAGCUGGGUGCAAGUUGACGGGCAUCAGUGUGCACUCUCUGUCCUCCAUGGUCAUGGCAAGAAAGCAGGGCCUAGAAACUCAACUCAAGGAGUGAGCGACUCAAGAUGCUGCCCCCCCCUCCAACCCUCGCCUCCCCCAGGAAUGAGCUUUGUCUACAGCAUACCCUGCCUGCUGCCAUCAGAAGAGAGGGGCCCUCUGCAUCUGAGCCCCAUAUCUCCGUGCCACCUGGGUGUGGAGACCAUGAAUACUUUGGUCCACCUCAUUCUAAACCAAAAACAAAAAACAAAAAACAAAAAAACCCUGCUCCUUCACCUUCACCCUGAGGCCCCAGGGAACAGGCUCUAUGUGUUGGUGCGCACGAGGUGACCACCAUCCAGGGGCUUCCUGAGGACCUUGGGUCUCCCCUAGGGGUCUUGGUUGCUGCUGCUUCUCUGUAUUUGCCUCUUGUGAUCCUGUCCUUCCCCAGUGUCCACUUUCCUCAAGAGAGGCCUUGGUAGCCCCCCUCCCCUGGGGUUCCCUUAGCCUCCGCAUCCCUCUAGUCCGGCAGCCCUGCCCCCUCCCCCAGCAUCACAGCUGGUCCAGAGAGAGCCGAUUGUGCCAACGAGGACUGGGCCCUGCCCAGCUGCCCACCUCAGGGAUGGGCAACCUCACGCCUGUCUCGCCACCUCCUGUGCCAAUGUUGCCCCACCCCCACCCCCAGGGGUGGGGAGCAGCUUCCACUAACAGGUUAGAAGAUAGCACUGCCCAACCUUCCGCUCCCUCCGUCUACUGUCCUGUGCCCAUCUGUCUGUUUGUCUGUACUCCUCUAGGAGAGAUAUUUUGCCACAUAUAAAAACCGCAGUUCUGUCCUUUGCGGCCACCUCCUGA